GCGGCAGCUGGUAACCGGGGGAGCUCAGGCGUCGGGCCACGGACUGUUACACGCCCCUAGGCGCUUCUUCAGGCCAGUGAAGACAUCAUCACGUUUUAAACUUUUUCCCAGGAUACGUCAUGUGAGUGAAGUGAAGAAAUAAAACACAGAUCUUAGGAAAGGCAGACAUGGUAUGGACCAGAAUGCUGAUCGGAUGUCAAAGACAGAAGGGGGAUUGUAAGUCGCAAGCUUCCUGUUCCUUGUCAUUUCCUAAUACAUUAAACAUUUUCAACUCAGUUGUUUGCGGACAACUGGCAGCAGCAUGACCAGAAAAAGAAUAACAGACAUCACUCAAACCAGUACAGUGGGAAAAAAGCUUUUAUGAGAAGACAGUUUUAGUUAACUGGAAGUCAGUCACAGAUAAGGCACAGACAGCAAUCCUCUUGAAGGAGUCUUGAAAUCUACACAUAGCAAGGAUGUCCCUACAAACAAACAUCAGUAGAGAGGACCCAUGCACAGUGGAUUCAGAAUUCAGAUACUCUCUCUUUACAGUCACAUACAGCAUUAUUUUUGUCAUUGGAUUCUUUGCCAACAGCUACGUGUUAUGGGUUUUUGCAAAAGUUUACCCAUCUAAGCGACUGAGUGAAAUUAAAAUAUUUAUGAUCAAUCUUACAGUCGCUGACCUCCUAUUUUUGAUCACACUGCCUCUCUGGAUUGUAUAUUACAACUAUAGAGGGGAUUGGAUCAUGCCAGAAUUUCUCUGCAAUGUGGCAGGCUGUUUCUUCUUUAUUAACACAUACUGCUCUGUCGCCUUUCUUGGAGUCAUCAGUUACAACAGAUAUCAAGCUGUUACAAGACCUGUAGAGACUGCCCAGUCCACUGCUAGAUUUAAAGCAAUAUGUAUCUCAACAUGUGUGUGGACAUUUGUAUUUUCUAGCUCUCUGUACUUUCUUAUUUUUCCUGGUACCAACCAGGUACAGACCAAUGAAGGUCAGAACUUCACUCGAUGUUUUGAAGGAUACACUACUGAAAACAGAGAUCCUGUGGCUGCCAUUCACUUUGUCUUGAUUGCUGCCUUCUUUCUUAUAUUCCUCCUUAUCUUAGUGUGCAACUUAGUGAUCUUUAAGACUUUGGUCAUCCAGCCAGUGCAAGCCAGACAGAGUGCAGAAAUGAAGCGCCGUGCUUUGCAUAUGGUCGCCACUGUUCUAGGGGUUUUUGUUAUAUGCUUUGUUCCACAUCAUAUUGUUCAUGGACCCUGGACCCUAACAGUUUUGAGACUGUGGCAUGAGAAUGACUGUGGAUUUCGGCAAACCUUGAAUGAUGCUCAUCAAGUCACUUUGUGCAUCAUGAGCACCAACUGCAUGCUUGACCCCAUCAUCUACUGCUUCCUCACCAAGAAAUUCAGGAGGCACCUGUCUGAUCGCAUUCUAAGCAUGAGAAGAACUCGUAAGUUCUCCAGAAACACCACUGAUACAAAUGUAGAUGUUACCCUUCCUCUCAAAGACAAGCAGACAGCUACAUUUGACCUCUAGAAUUGUGAUUAGGAUUUAGUAAAGAUUUCAAAAGAAUUCACUUAUGUGUGCUACAUGCCAUUGACUUGCCUAAAAGCUGUAGAGGUAUUUGAGGUUUUGAGUGGUCAAACAAAUGGGUAAAUAUAUGAAGAAUGUUGUUAUUAAAGGGGUACUCUGGUGAAAAACAAAUUUUUUUUUUUAAAUCAACUGGUGCCCAAAGUUAAAAAGAUUUGUAAAGUACUUAUAUUAGAAAAAUCUUAAUCCUUUCAGUACUUUUCAGCUGCUGUAUACUACAGGGGAAGUUGUUUAGUUCUUUUCUGCCUGACCACAGUGCUCUCUGCUGACAACUCUAUCCAUGUCAGGAACUGUCCAGAGCAGGAGAGGUUUGCCAUGGGGGAUUUGC